GAAGCACUUUUCUUGGAACUAGAUCCGUCAACAAGGCGACAUGCUGAGAAUCUGUGUGGCCCUCUUUGUCCUGGCUACGUGCUGGGCACAGGACUGUCAGGUUGCAAACAUUCCCGUCAUGCAGAACUUCGACAAGAGUCGGUUUGCUGGAAAAUGGUAUGCCGUUGCCAAAAAAGAUCCCGUUGGUCUAUUCCUCCUGGACAACGUUGCUGCUACCUAUGUAAUCGAUGAAAGCGGCAAAAUGACAGCAAAUGCUUAUGGCAGAGUAAUCAUCUUAAACAACUGGGAAAUGUGUGCCAACAUGUUUGCCACUUUUGAGGACACUCCAGACCCUGCCAAGUUCAAGAUGACAUACUGGGGCGCUGCUUCAUACCUUCAGUCUGGAAACGACGAACACUGGGUCAUUGACACGGACUACGACAACUAUGCCAUCCACUACUCCUGCAGAGAGGUGGACAUGGACGGCACUUGCCUGGACGGGUACUCCUUCAUCUUCUCUCGUCACCCCACCGGCCUGAGGCCCGAGGACCAGAAGAUAGUGACGGACAAGAAAAAGGAGAUCUGCCUCCUGGGCAAAUACAGACGUGUUUCACACACUGGUUUCUGUGAAAGCAGCUGAUCUGGAACUACCCAGAGGGACAAUUGUUCAUAGGAUGAAUAAUUCCACAUAGCAAAAUGACUGUAAAUAUAAACCAUGACCUACAACACACCAACCAGCACUGUCUAGCCCUUCCAGCAGUUGGGGCACUUUGCUGUUAAGGGAACCAAAGCAAACGAUGUCUGUGUAUCUGAAUGUAUUAGAGUAUUGGAUACUUCACUGAUUGUCAUUGUAUGUUGUC